AUGUUGCAAACAGGCGAACUGGCUAGCGCCAGAUCGCGGAUGAAACACACAUCCAGGCCGGGCCCAGGUCGGGAUUCCCGAUCGGUACCCGAUCAGUCUCAUUAUAAUCCAUUUCUGAACUUCGCGAAUGAAGAUUUAUUUAAGGUAAACCCAAAACUAAUGAAUGUUCCUCUCGUUUCGACGACCACCUCAAUCUUUGGAAUUUUCAAUACAGUCCGGGGCCGGCCGGAUGCUGGCUGGGCCAACCCUGGUUAUAUCACAUGGUCGGGAACUGGCUGGGCACUGGCUUUUGAAGACAUUGGUAUAUUUUAUGAAGACCCAGAAUAUUUAGCUUCAUUUGCAUUAACGAAGGAGGAUGAUGAUGGAAUGAACAAAUUGGACAAGACCUUAUUAUUAGAUGGUGUUUUUACUAUAAAUGGGAAUAAUAUGGUACUACGUUCACUUCCAAAACGUCAUCGUUCGAAACGUAAAAUCCAACAAUUAGAUUUUUUAUCAUCUGAGGAAGAUAAUAGCCAUAUGAUAGCUACUGUCGAUCACGCAGUUUUCCAUAUACGUGAAUCUCCACAUUUAAACAGAAGUUCUAUAUCAGCAAAUUCUUUUCUUAAAAAAUUGGAUAAAUUAGAGAUUACUAAAAAAUCAAAUAGAAAAAUUCCAGAUGUCAUAUACCCAGAGAUACUGCUAAUUCUUGACCAAAAUUAUUAUUCACAUUUCGAACAAAACUUUGCAAAAGCUCUUAGUUACAUCGUAACACUUUUUAACGGAGUUGAUUUAAUGUUCAGAGCUUUAAGUAAACCGGAAGUCCGUCUAAAUAUUGCUGGAAUUAUUUUGUCUGAGGAUCAAAUUCCCGUUUUCCACACCUUUCUCUCGGGUAAAAAUAAUAUAUUGGAUGGUGACGGCUCUUUGGAAGAGAUUGGUAAAUAUUUGUUUAAAGAAAAAAGGUUUUCAUUCAAGAAAGAUUACGACUUAGCUUUAUUAAUGACAGGGUAUGAUAUGUUUCAUGAUGAUGGGAAACAGGCUUUAGGACUCGCUUUUCUUAAUGCAGCUUGUACUCAAGCAUCGGAUAAACGAAAAAUCUGGGCCCUAGGCUUAGUUCAGGACGACUUUGCUUUUUGGGGAAUUCUCAUUGCUGCUCACGAGUUAGCCCACUUAUUUGGUGCUGACCACGACGCUGAACAUUGUGAGUAUGGCCAUGUCAUGACAGGUAAUGGCCACGCAGCAGGCAUGGAGAAUCUAUACCAAUUUUCGAGUUGCAGCCAAAAAGCUAUGCGCGAUUUUUUCAAAACUAAUGAUGCUGGGUGUCUUUUCAACAAACCUCCUGAAGAUAAUCCAGUACCAGUGAUCCUGCCAGGACAAUACAUGUCAUUACACGAACAAUGUAUAAAAAGAGGAUUCGAUGAACCAAUUAAUUAUGAUGAAACAGUUUGUACUAAGCUGUGCUGCGCUCCUCAAGUAGAUGAUGUGUGUGGACUACCAGCCGCGCAAGGAUCUCCCUGUGGAUUUGAUAUGUGUCAUCUCGAGGAAAUCCAAAAACGCUUUGAUUUAUUUGCAGCAUUGCUUAGAUGGAAGUUGUCAAUACAAAUCGACGGAGAAUUAUUAUUAGCAACAUUAAGAUUCCGAAUUGUAAGGAAGAGAACAUGUUUCAAGGAAAUGUGGAUUCACAGAAUUCAUAAUACUCCUGGAAUUCACGGUAUCGAGGAAUCUGCUAAAUUCAAGGAAUAUACGGAAUCCAAAGGAUUCAAGGAACUCUAG